CUUUACAGCCCUGUUACUAUAAAAGUAAAAAAUUAAAUUACAAUUAAUUUUUAGCUUAAUUAAAAAAAACUUUUGUAAUUAAAACAAUAUGGCAGAUACAGAUGUAGAGAUGCUAGAACAAAGCUCAUCUUCAACAUCAGUUAAAGAUAAAAAACGCUUUGAAGUUAAAAAGUGGAAUGCUGUUGCAUUGUGGGCAUGGGAUAUUGUUGUUGAUAACUGUGCCAUUUGUAGAAAUCAUAUUAUGGACUUAUGUAUUGAGUGUCAAGCUAACCAAGCAUCAGCUACCAGUGAAGAUUGUACAGUUGCUUGGGGUGUUUGUAAUCAUGCCUUCCAUUUUCACUGUAUUUCAAGAUGGUUAAAAACACGGCAAGUGUGUCCCUUAGAUAACAGAGAGUGGGAAUUACAAAAAUAUGGUCGAUAGCGUAUUUUUUUUGACUUAAUGCGAAAUGAACGUUUUGUGAUCCUCCUACAGUUGCAUCAAUUUUGUAACUUUUACUGGUUAAAACGUUGUUUGUAUUUUCUUGUAACUUAUUAUCAGUUAAAGUUAUUUUUAUUCAUUGAAGUUUAAAACAACGUUUUAAACUUCAAAAUAUGA